AUGCGUUCCGUCAGGAAGCGGUGGACUGUGUGCACCAUAAGUCUCCUCCUCAUCUUCUAUAAGACGAAAGAAAUAACGCGGACCGAGGAGCGCCAGGAGUCCCCUCUGGCCGGAGAUGGUGAACUGAGUUUGAGUAGAUCAAUGAUCAAUAGCUCUGAUAAGAUAAUUCGAAAGGGUGGCUCCUCAAUCUUCCAACGUGCUGCAGAAGGUUGGAAAAUCAAUUCUUCUUUGGUAAUGGAAAUAAGGAAGAACAUUCUUCAGUUCUUGGAUGCUGAACGAGAUGUCUCAGUGGUCAAAAGCAGCUUCAAGCCAGGAGAUGUAAUUCAUUAUGUACUGGACAGACGUCGCACUCUAAACAUUUCUCAGGAUUUGCACAGCCUUCUCCCUGAAGUUUCCCCAAUGAAAAAUCGCAGAUUUAAAACCUGUGCAGUUGUUGGGAAUUCUGGCAUCCUUCUGAAGAGUGGUUGCGGAAAAGAGAUUGAUAGCCAUGACUUUGUAAUAAGGUGCAAUCUAGCUCCUGUGGUGGAGUUUGCUGCCGAUGUGGGAACUAAAUCUGAUUUUAUUACCAUGAACCCAUCAGUUGUACAAAGAGCAUUUGGAGGCUUUCGGAAUGAGAGUGACAGAGAAAAAUUUGUGCAUAGACUAUCCAUGCUGAAUGACAGUGUCCUUUGGAUCCCAGCUUUCAUGGUCAAAGGUGGAGAGAAGCAUGUGGAGUGGGUUAAUGCAUUAAUCCUUAAGAAUAAAUUGAAAGUGCGAACCGCCUAUCCAUCACUGAGACUUAUUCAUGCUGUCAGAGGCUAUUGGCUAACAAACAAGGUCCACAUUAAACGACCCAGCACUGGUCUCCUCAUGUAUACACUCGCCACCAGAUUUUGUGAUGAAAUUCACCUGUAUGGAUUUUGGCCAUUCCCAAAGGAUUUACAUGGAAAACCAGUCAAGUAUCACUAUUAUGAUGAUCUGAAGUAUCGGUACUUUUCCAGUGCCAGUCCUCAUAGGAUGCCAUUAGAGUUCAAAACGUUGUAUGUCUUACAUAAUAGAGGAGCACUUAAAUUAACAACAGGGAAAUGCAUACAGCAAUAA